AUGAAGAAACCAGGUCCUCCAUUGUUUCUCUUCACGCUUUUCAUAACUCUACUGGUAGAAACAAUAGUAGCAGAUCCAAGAUCCAACACAGUUGAGCUCAGGUGCAGAGGUGUACUCAAUUGCACGGCAGAUUUCGAGUGCACAAAUAGAUUAACAACCGUCUCUGUCGACAACUACAUCGCUGCCUUUGAUGUCAUUGGCAACAAGACUCAAACUUCUGGUUUUGCGGUAGCAAAUGUGGGUUCAAGGCCUAAUACCUGCUAUGGCCUUGCCCAGUGCUAUGGAGACCUCUCCUCCGUUGACUGCGAUCUUUGCUAUGCCCAAGCCCGCAUUGUCAAUCCCAAAUGCUUAGGUUACCUUGGGGGCAGUACCUACUUGGAUGGUUGCUUCUUGCGUUUUGACAAUUAUAGCUUCUACCAGGAGUUUACAGGUCCUGGAGAUAAGGCUCUGUGUGGAAAUACAUCGCGAAAGGGACCUGAAUUCCAGACGUCGGCCAGAAAAGCUGUGUUGGAUGCAGUUGCAGCUGCACCAGACCAGGGAGGCUACUCCAAGUCUGUGGUGCUUGUGACAGGAUCGACGAAUGACUCAGCUUAUGUGCUGGCAAAUUGCUGGAAAACAUUGAAUGCAAACUCUUGCAGAACAUGUUUGGCUGAAGCAUCAGCCUCGAUGAUGGGUUGCUUACCAUGGUCAGAAGGGCGGGCGCUGUACACAGGUUGCUUCAUGAGGUAUUCAGACACAAACUUCCUGAACCAAGAACAGAGUAGUGGAAAAUCAAAAGGUAUCAAAGUAGCGAUCGUGGUUGCGAUUCUGAGUUCUGUGGCUGCUUUAAUAAUUGUGGUGGCUAUUGGAGUUCACAUUUGGAGGCAAAGAACAAUACGAAAGAAAAGAAGAGGUACAAAUGAUACAGUAAAAAUGGAGAAGAUGCUUAAUGACAGUAGCUUGAAUUUUAAGUACUCUACACUUGAAAAGGCCACCGGAUCUUUUGAUGAUACCAAUAAGCUUGGUCAAGGAGGAUUUGGAGCAGUUUACAAGGGAGUUCUGCCCGAUGGAAGGGAGAUUGCUGUGAAGAGGCUUUUCUUUAAUCAAAGAUACAGAGCUGCAGAUUUUUAUAAUGAAGUUAACAUGAUAAGUACCCUGGAACAUAAGAAUUUGGUCAGGUUAUUGGGUUGUAGCUGUUCAGGACCAGAAAGCCUUCUAGUCUAUGAAAUUCUCCCAAAUAAGAGCCUCGAUGGCUUCCUCUUCGACCCAAGCAGAGGUAAAGCACUGAACUGGAAAAUAAGAUUUGAAAUAAUCAAAGGGACAGCAUUAGGUUUGGUCUACCUUCAUGAGAACCCCAAUGUUAGAAUCAUCCACAGAGAUAUAAAAGCCAGCAACAUCCUACUAGAUUCAAAGCUCCGAGCUAAAAUUGCUGAUUUUGGGUUGGCAAGGUCUUUCCAAGAAGAUAAAAGCCACAUCAGUACUGCCAUUGCAGGAACACUAGGGUAUAUGGCUCCGGAGUACCUAGCCCAUGGUCAGUUGACAGAAAAGGCAGAUGUCUAUAGCUUUGGGGUGCUUUUACUAGAGAUCGUUACUGGAAUGCAGAACAACAGAAACCAAACAUCUGAGUACUCUGAUAGUCUUGUGGCUGCUGCAUGGAAACAUUUCCAACUGGGGACAGCAGAGAAUCUUUUCGACCCAAAUUUGAUGUUGAACAGCUACAAUCACAACAAUGGCAUUAAGGAGGAGAUUUUGAGGGUAGUGCAUGUGGGAUUUUUGUGCAUGCAGGAGGUGCCUUCAUUGCGACCAUCAAUGUCAAAGGUCCUACAAAUGCUGCUGAAGAAGGAUGAACAACUCCCUGCACCCACUACUCCACCUUUUAUGAAUGUGAGAACAAUGGAGCUAGGUCACACAUGCAGAGACCAAUGUCAUCCUGAGAAUACUUCAGUUUCUAUUGCUACUGUCUCCAUUAGCUCCUUUUAUUCCAGAUGACCUCAGAAGGGAAAUAUAGAAAACAGACCCCUUCCUGUGUUUAUAUUAUUAAUGCAAGAGCCCAUAAGUAAGCGAUUUACAU